ACUCGGCGUUCGACGCUUAACAAUCAUCUCGACCUCGCUGAACUGCUCUUUACCACCACUCAUUUUUUUUAUACGUUUUGCAUCAUACUUGCGGAUUCUCAAUACGAUCUUGCGACGAUAGCGAUACCCUUGCCUAUAACGGAAAACCGCGGCAACAGUCAAAGGACACCACAACCUGCCCGCAAUGUCCAAGCAGUUCACCAAGGCCGAGGUCGCCCAGCACAAGGACGAGAAUGGCAUGUACAUAAUCAUCGACGACGGUGUUUACGACAUUGCCAACUUCCUAGACGAGCACCCGGGCGGGGCCAAGAUCCUCAAGCGCAUGGCCGGCAAGGACGCCACAAAGCAGUUCUGGAAGUACCACAGCAAGAAUGUGCUUGAGAAAUACGGCGGCAAGCUCAAGGUCGGGACGCUCAAGGAGGCGGCCAAGCUAUAACGGCUUGGGCUGGCCAGGCAUGCGGCAUGUGGCAUGUAUUUGUACGAGGCAAUGAUUGGGCUACUCUUUCGGCAUAGCAUUGAUACCACAAUACCUGCAGACGCUUGUCCUUUGGACAGGUCUUGCUACCUUAUCAUCUCCCGUCUCUUGAGUCUGGAAAAGGGGGUGAAGAGAGAGGAGGGAGUGAGAGCAUCUGUCCUUCCGGAACAUCUGCUGAUUUGAUCAUGACACUUGGAACGAGGAAAGUUGCAGCAAACCCCACAACUAGAGUUGGACCCGAAAAUCAUGCAUCCGGUGCUUACCACCCCACGUGCA